AACAAAAAGAAACAAAACACGGCCGAGUAGAAAGACGUCAUGUCAAUGUCAUUUUUUUUUAAUGCCUCAAGUUAGUGACCAACGUGGCGAAAUUCCGAGCAGUCCUUGAAUACCUCAGCACUACUUGACUGGAAGGGAUGGAACUGCGACGUUGGUGUUUUUGUUUUUUUCUUCUCCACAAAUUCACAUGAUGAACGCCCGCUAGCCGCUCGGCUGUAACAAAAGCACCGCCGCUUUAGCUGGUUUUCUACCAGGAAAGGAUAAAAUGACAGAUUAAUGCCAUGUUUUUUUUCUUCACCGAGGACAAGGAACAUAACAAGAGUGUCGUACCUUUCAGCCACAGUGGACGGCGUGUGGGGAUGCUCUUGGCGGCUCGAAUGUAGAAACUAGUAACUAUAUAACCCACUGGGACCUUUUCGGUCAACGUAUACAACAUUUGCUUUUCUUUUUUUGUUUUUUUUUAAUUGUUGCACUUUGGAUUUCGGUCGGCAUCCAAAAGGAAAGCGAAGACGAGGUCAUUCGACUGAAACCCUAAUCAAUAAAGAGAUGACCCUCGUCUUGUCCAUGAAUCCUUUCCUGGAGCCAGAGAGAGAACAUCCCCUCUCAACAUACCAACCAGUAUGGAAGACGGAGCGCUGCAAUAAGACCUGCCUAUCAAACACCACCUCACCAAGCCACACUGAAGACAAACCAAAACAGGAACCUCCCUUUCGGCGACUUCCUGACCACGUGUCAAUGUCAAGACUCUCAUUCUUCAAGAGGAAGUUUGUCGAUGACGACGAGGCUUCGUUCAGUUUCAGGACAUACUGCCAAACUGUGGCUCCAGUUUUGGAGGAGCGGGCCCAUGUGCUGCGUCUUUCCCUGGAGAAGAUGCGAUUCAUCGAUGACCCCGAGGCUUUUCUGCGACGCUCAGUGCUUGUUAAUAACCUCCUUCGGCGUCUACGAACUGAAAUCCUUCUCCAGAGCACUGACUGGUGCUUCCCUCCCAACCCAGUUCUUAGCACUAUCUUGCCACCGGGCUCAAACCCCACGAAUCAGGCACUAAGCAGGGCUGUACCCACCCCAAUCUGCUUAGCACCCCAAGCCGGACCACCCUUUCGUAAGCGCUUCCGAAUGGUCCGUGCGGGACAGGGGGACCUUCGCAGUGACUGUGCCCAGACGUGUUGUUGUUUCUAUGCUGCAGCCGCAGCUGCGGGACACUACCUUCCGCUUCCGUUCUCCAUGUACGAUGCAGAACUAUCCUCGCCGCACUCAUCCUCCGUCUUUCAAAUAGCCAGUCACCAUAAGUUAGGACUGACCGUCAUCGAAGGCCAUGAUGAUGAGGAUGACGAGGCUGAGGAGGAGGAGGAGCUUGAUGACGAGGAAGAGGAGGAUGAAACAGUUAGUGAAAGACGACAAGCAGGACCUUCUUCCGGUUGGGUUCAAGGCAAAGGCAAGUCGAAACAGAAAAGUAGGACUAGGAGCCUGCUGGGUCACACAAGGACAGAGGCGGACAGCUGCAUGACAGGCAGCAUUGAAGAGGAGGAGGAUGGUGAACUCGAGGAAGACGAAGAGGAAGAUCAUGGCAUCACACAUUGUGAAUGGGACCCUGCUUCAGAACGAGAUCUUCUCAGUGUUCACUAUUGGUACCAAAGGGGUCACAGACAAUGAGAUGUUGCUUGCAUUGGUACUCACACGAAUCCAUUCGUAUCGUGCUGCACUUGGCUGCCAUUCCCCCUCCUCCUGGCCCCAUCUGACCUGCACUCACACUGAGCGUCCGUGCUUCGUACUUGUACAUCGCUGUGUUACUGUUCUUAUUUUGGCUGAUUAUUGCUUUUGUGCAAGGUUGCGACUGUCAUUAAUUGCGAGAGGAGCAAUUGAGUGCGCCGUGGGUUUGACCUUCGUAUUUUAUUUCUAUUAUGUAUCGUGUCUUAUUAUUAAGAACUUGCGAGGAACGAUUGCUUUACAGUCAUUCCACGACUCCACUACAUUGCACGUGUGGCAACCGUGGCAGAGGAGGGGUAGUGUACCGUGCUUGGUCACGGGUCAGCGCACUCACGCCAGCCAAACGUGCCGUGUGUGAAGUGGGCUUGAGCACGGUGCAAUCGACCUCGUGUGAGUACAGCCUCGGUCUUGUAGAAUAUAAAUACACUCAUGACAACAACUUCUUUAGUUGAACUUUACCUCGAACCCCAACUUUAUUUCAGUGAUCUGAAAAAAUGUCUUUAGUUCCCCCUACCAUGAUAUUAGGGGCAGACCCCUCUGUCUCCACUUGGUUUCGAUUUGGUGGAUUAUUUUUGGAGUCUUUCUCUUGCUUUCUACUAUGGUUGUCAAAUUUAACUGGCGGUGAACGAUCGCAACUACGCUGCAUGCGCGCAUGUGUGCACGCGUGUGUGCCACCCAUGACGCCCCCCAAAGCUAUCCCCCCCCCACCAACACCACCAACACCACCAACACCAUUAUAUUAGAGGCAGAACCCUCUGUCUCCACUUGAUUUCAAUUUGGUGGAUUAUUUUUGGAGUCUUUAUCUUGCUUUCUACUAUGAAGGGCUGUCAAAUUUAGCUGGCGGUGAACGAUGACAACUACGCCACAUGCGCACAUGUGUGUGCCACCCAUGAUGCCCUCCGCCCCCCCCAAAGGUAUAACCCCAGGGGAAACACUGCUCUCUCUUUCCGCUCCAUUGUGAGAAUAAACGAGGAAAAAAAUUGGGCCUCAACAUUUCUUCAUACGUUGUGCUGUAAUGUUAAAUAUGAAGCGAUCGUAUUGCACUGUCUUGUCUCCCAAGACCAUUUCCAAGAUUCAGCAAUCACAAACAUGGGCAAAACACGUGUAAGUGCCUUAGUGUUUUUACAGAAACGUGUAUUUUGUGUGUUCAUAUAAUUGUUCUUUAGUAGCGAUCUCCUAAAUGACAUUUUGCUAAAUGCAGUGAUGUUUUCCGAUGUGGUUAAAAUGUUGGAUUUUGGAAGGACACUAGAUAGACACAUCCAAAAUGUUCUUUUGCACUUGGAGUGCAUGUGAUUGAGUGUCUGCACUGAACUUAGACAAACUUGACCCGACCUUGAAGGAAACAUCGGUUACUACUUGAUGAAGUGUAGUUUGGUUUCUCCUAGGGAUGUUUUAGCUGUAGUUUUUCUUGUUUUGCCUUACAAUAAUUGAAUCUCAUCAUGGACAGGUAAUAUUUGUCAUCUUGGCUGCAAAUUCAUUAUGAAUUAAAUCUGUAAUCAAUAUUGUAAUUCAGUUUUCUGUUUUUUUGUUUUAAAAAAAGGGGGGUUUGUUGUGAAUUGGCGCAAGUGAACGUACACUGUCCAGUGGAACCCACCUAAGUCAGUCUCGCUUAUGUCGACAGCGCAUCUUGAGUCGAGCAACUCAUCAAGUCGGGCCCACCAUGUUGUUAUUAUUUACAAGUUUAGGGCAGCAGUGGCGGAGGAUUUAAAGCAGGUUAUCCAGAACCUGAAGGUUGGUGGUUGACCGCUAUUGUCGACAUAUAAUUUGCAACCCACAGGGAUCAUUUUUAUGAAAAAUCUGCCCACUUAUGUGCUGUAGUAUUGUUGACUUCAUCGUUAUCGCUAUAUUGUGAAACGACAACAGCUACAGUUGCAGGGCAUGUGAUUGACUGGCGAACUCAGCUCACCCUUGACCCCCAUGAGGACAGGCAAUAUAGAAACUGGUUGGAUGGAUAGUUACACAGCAUUAAAACAUGCACACAUUCAAACACGCUAUGACACCAGUCACUAGGUGUCAGUAAUGUUUCUGUAAUGUUCGCUGAGACACACAAACACCAAACUUGAUUGCCAGAACAACAGGAUUAUAUUGCAGGUUUCAAUGAUCUCACAACGGGCACAAUAAUCCCUAGUAAAUAUCCAUGAUAAAAAGACAGGCUACUGUUGCUGCAGUAACCCAUGGCAAGCUAAAACUCAACUCUGAAACCCAAACGUCACGCCCUGUCCUCCUGCCACUCAGCUCCCCAAGGGAACACAUCUAUAGCAACACACACAAGCACAAGUCUUAUUUAUGUCUUAAAUUAUUAAUUCUUAUCAUUUACUCAUGUUAUAAUAAUCAUAAUGAUAAUGGAUUAGAUUUUAUACCCAAAGCACUUCACAAUGAAGUAAACCCAUUAUUCAUUCACUCCUCAGUCACACACCGGUGGUGGUAAAUUACAUCUGUAACCACAGCUGCCCUGGGGUAGUCUGACGGAAACGUGGCUGCCAAUUUGCACCUCUCCGACCACCACCAAACAUUCAUUCACAUUCAUACACCAGUGUGGGCAGUACUGGAGGCAAGGUGGGUGAAGUGUCAUGCCAAGGGAGACAACAGCUCUACCUCCUGAGCCACAGCCGCCCAAUAUGUCUACUAUAUUGGAUAAUACGAGUGUAAAGGUGACUAUAGGAGUGUUAUUUAAUGUCUAAAGGGCUCAAAUGUUAAAAUAAUUAUUCAGAAGGUAAACAGGUUUUCUAUAAGUAUGAAAAUAUUCCUUUUAUUGUUUUUAUUUUGAUUCUUUUGUUUUCAUAUCAUUUUAUACUCUUAUAUAGACACGUCACCAUAAAGUGACAGAUGUUUCAUACAAAUGACCCCUUUGUGUCACAUUUUAUUUGACAAAAAGCCGUCAACUGUGUAUGUUGACGUAAUAAUACGGUGGACCGGGACUUAACGAGUUGGUCGACGUACAUGGCAUUACGGGACUGACCUAAGCGGGCUCCACUGUCAUUACAGUUGCAAUUAUAUCAUUGCAAUUUGCUGUACUUGCUGGUGUGAAAGCACUCAUGUAGUCAAAAGACUAUGUAUGUAUGUAAGUGCUCAAAUUGAAAGACAUCCAUAGCACCUUUAAUUGAUAAUACAAGUGUAUAGAACAAAAGCACUCUCAUUCCUUAACAGUGAUGACAAACCCAUGUAAAAAGAAAAGCUAUAAAUAAUAGAUCACAUGCCACCUUAAGUUUCUAGAACGAGUGAAACCCCCGUUAUUUUGACAGGUAUCAAGACGGUUUAUGUUAAGCGUGUCUUCCUUGCCUCUCAUGUAAUGUUCAAAACAACACAAAAACAUCACUAAUGACUAGUUUGGCAACUGUGACUCUGACAAAUUGUCCAGCAAAGAAACGAAACGAUUUCAUAUGCCUUUCUACAGCGUGCAAAAUCCUGUGUCUAUCAGUGGUAUUAUUUUGUUUCACAGAAGGAAUUACACAAAGCUAUGUACUGAAGGAAAGAAAAAAAAAAGUAAGAAACUGUCUAAUGAAAAACAACAUAAGAGCAAGAGUUCUGUCACAUUCUAGGUGGUGUUCUGUGAUAGGUGUAAAGUAAAAACAAACCGGUUUCUUUUCUAUUCUCUAUUAAAACUAUGUUUAUCCUUAA